AUGGAGCCCGGUAAUGACGCCCACGCCCGGCGCGCUUCGUCGACGCACUCUGCCUCGUCGAGCAGCCGCAGGUCUGCCUCUGGAGCCACCGCUCGCCGCACCAGGCCGCGCAAGACCGCCUCGCAUGCCUCGCUCGCCAGGUCUGGCGCCCCGACCCCGUCCGACAAGAGCCUGACCUCCUUUCCCUCGCUGUCGCCGUCGCCCGAGGCCUCGCCCAUCGCCGCUCGCUUCAACGAGAUCCUGCUGGCCCAGCCCCAGUCGCCGCAGCUGCCCCAGUCGCCGCAGCUGCCCCAGGACGACGCAGGCCUCCCCGACCCGCCCACCGUCCCCCGGUCCUCGAAGCCCGUGCAGUCGAUAGUGGGAAGCCUGCUCGCCACCCUGCCCUCCUCCGACGACCGCUCCGCCCUCUUCGACGACACCCCGCAAGACGUCCGCAGCGUCCCCGGAAACCUACAUCAUGCGAGCGACGACCAGAUUGAGCGGAUGUUGGCCAGGUCUGGGCCCGUCAGCGUGGUUAAGCAGUUGGCGCAAGAUCUAGCGCAGCGCGACGCCCAGAUCACGGCGUUGCGAAGAAAGGCCGAGGAGCGGGAAAGAAUCCUUCGGAAAAUGCUGCAGGAGUGCGAGGUCUCGAACUUGGACAUUGACGAGCGUCUGAAGCUGCUCGAGCGGGGCCCCACGCCAAACGGCGCCGGCGAUGCCGGCGAGAGAGGUAGGAAGACGAAGCGACAGAGCCUGGUCGACCUCGAUAGCGUGCACCCCGAGGACCCCAUCGACAAGCACCUGGCUCGCGCCAUGAGCGACGAGAAUGACGGUGAUAGGGAGUUGAUGCAGGAGGAUGACGCUUCACUGACCGCCUUCCCGGCCCUGAGCGACGAUCACUCCGUUAACUCUGCCGAUCUCGCCGCCACCAAGACAACCAAGAACUGGAAAAGUUACAUCUGGAACGGCUCACUGGCCAACAAGAGAAGGAGCCAGACACCCAGUGUCACGAGUGCCUAUGACGAGGACAUCCAGACCCGCUCGCGCGCGUCCAGUGGCGCUCAGCGGAAACGCCUUAGCAGUGACUUGUUCGCGCCUCCAUCCCAGCCUGUCUCCAAGGCCGUCGACCACCUCAAGAGAUUGGAAAGUGGGGACGAGGCUUCAUCCGUCACCUCUCGGAAAUCAUCGGGCUCUGUUGCCUCGUGGGCGAUGAGGCUGGUGGCUGGAAACAACCAGUCAAACCGCGAAAAUGACAAAAUUGGUGCUUUGAGAGGCAGGGCCCCGCCCAAUGGCACGGACCUGGAACGGUCGCAGCGCGCAGCUUCCAUGGAUUCGUCAAAGACAGACCCAAGGGCAAAAGCAAAAGGUCGUGGGGCAAGGACAUCUUUGGGGCCCACGGGGACAAUCAAGAAGACCGCGCCAUCUGAUUUACCAAGCUCCAGCCCACCCAUCAACCGCUCUGUCAGCAACAUCGGUCCUGUUGAGAUGGACAUGAUCCUACCAGAGGAAACAAGACCGCCAACGUUGAUGCCGCACAAUUACUACGGACGUGAUUCUGAAUUUCUCACCGACUCCUUUGGCUUCAUCUAUGAUCAACGACGAAAGAAGAGGCAGGCACAGGCACAGGCUGCCGCCCUGCAGAAGGGAAAGCAACAUACGAAGAGCGAGUCUCUCGGCACUGCACGGGCAAUGCUCACUUCCAGAAAUAGUGACGAGGAGAUGCCAGCCGAGGUACUAGAAGAGGCGUACACGCUGCCACGGUCGGAAAGCGUACUUUCGCAAACAGAAGACAUCCAGUCGGCAAAACGUAGCUGGCAAGAUUAUCUCAAGAUCGCCACGUUCCCAACCGAACUGCUGUCGCAUACACCCGUUGCCGCGCCCAUGACUACAGUCGACAUCGAAGAGACGCCCAAGGCUCCCCAGGUGACCGUUCAGAACAACGCAUCGUUUCCGGCUGUCCGUAACAACCCUGAGCCAGCCCUCAGCGUUGAAUCAGGCGCCGCAGAAAUCUCGCAACCAACCAUCAGUGGCCCUGCCAGCCCCAUCUCGGGCGAUUUUGGCAGCUCACAGCCAGACCCUGUCAAGGCGCUGCUGGACCAGUUGACCGACUUGCACAACUCGCUACAGCGCGAUAAGCAGACUAGAUGGCAUGAGUUUUUGCGAAAAGUGCGAGCGGAACGAAAGCGCGAGGGUGAUGCUGUGGCAGCAAGCGAGGGACGCGGGAAAAACACAAUGCCCGAGACUUUACUCACCGAUGGAGAGAUCAUUGGAACCGCUGGAUUGGGCAACAAGGGCAAAAUCGGAAGAGCGAAGUGGAAAGAGUUCAAGAACCUCGUCUUGGGAGGGAUCCCUGUCAGCUAUCGCGCCAAGAUCUGGGCAGAGUGCAGUGGCGCCGCCGCCAUGAGGAUUCCCGGAUACUACGAGGACCUGGUGGCCAACGGAGUUGACGACCCAGUCGUGGUUUCGCAGAUUCAGAUGGACAUACACAGGACCUUGACCGACAACAUUUUCUUCCGCCGUGGACCUGGUGUCCAAAAGUUGAACGAGGUCCUUGUUGCAUAUGCUCGUCGCAACCACGCCGUUGGAUAUUGUCAGGGCAUGAACCUGAUCACUGCGUGUCUUCUCUUGAUCAUGCCAACUGCCGAAGAUGCCUUCUGGAUGCUUGCAACCAUGAUCGAGACGAUACUGCCAGAGAGCUACUACGAUCACUCGCUCUUGGCUUCGCGGGCCGACCAGAUUGUCCUCCGGCAGUACGUGGCUGAGCUUCUUCCCAAGCUCUCUGCACACUUUGACGAUCUCAGCAUCGAGCUCGAAGCGCUCACCUUCCAGUGGUUCCUAUCCGUCUUCACAGAUUGCCUUUCCGCCGAGGCGCUUUACAGGGUCUGGGAUGUCGUUUUGUGCAUGCACGACGGCUCGACCUUCUUGUUUCAGGUUGCGCUCGCACUUCUCAAGCUGAACGAGAAGGCACUGAUCGAAUGCGACAACCCGGGCGCCGUGUAUCACUACAUCAACCAGCAGAUGACGAACCACGCCAUCAGCAUCGACGGCCUCAUCCAGGCCAGCGAGGCGCUAAAGAAGGUGGUCCGGAGGAAAGACGUCGAAGAUCGCAGGACAAAGGCCAUCGAGCAUGAGAAGGAAGUCUCGCGUCAAAGGGAUGAGCUCCGGGCCGAGAGGUUGAGCAAGCUGAAGGAAGGUGGUCCUUCUGCUGCAACAAUAUCAACAGCGGAAAGCGGCGGCGAAUUGUCGUCGUCCUACGGGUCGGCCCCACCCCCGCAACUAGUCGUGCAAUCCGCCACGGACGACUACCCAGAAGAUGUCGUCAACAUGUCCCCUCCCGAGCCGACGACCCCGACCACGAUGACGUCGUCAGUGAGCUAUUCGUCGUCCAGAGACGACGAAGAGCACCACCGCCACCCCUUGCCCGAGGAGCUGGAACGGAGCUUGACGCCCAUGCCUAUCGAUGAAGAGCUGAUGUGGAGAGCUUAG